UAAAUUCAAAGGACUUUCCACAUAUGAAGCUGACUGUGAAGUCUUCACUGCAAGACUUCCAAAAAUUGAUGAAAGAAAAGUUGUGCGAUCAUAUGGAAAUCCUAGAAGUGUUUAGGAGAGAUUCUCCUUUUGGUGCUUUCCUUGAUGUCCAACUUGUUCCCCCUCCAGCCAUGUUAUGGCAGUUGAUGGUUAGAGAGACUAAUGUGGAAGGAGAAAAAGAACUAGAAUCCGGAUAUGAAGAGAAGUAUGAUAAGGAUUCACUGCGUGUUUUCGUUGAAGAAAACUGGUCAAAGAGUGUGGUAUGUUACACUUCUAUUGUCGAGAGGUUCUCAAAAUUGUGCCGGCUACUUGACGAUGAAGGGAAGAAAGAGUAUGCACUCCAGUGGAUAGUGAAGGUGGCGACAUUGAUGUUUGUUGUCCUCGUUUUGAUUGGUCAUGCUAAGAAAGAUGCCCCAGUUCAAAAAUGGAUCCUGGGGGACAUGGGCAUUCUUGGAGUCCCUCCGUAUCCAAUCUUUGGGGAAGGACUUAGUUUCAGAAACGAAGAAGCUUGUCAAAGGCAGGAAAACAUCCAACACCCUCUGCUACACUGGCUUUCUCCUCCCCUCAUCCGUGAGUAAAUUAUUUUAAAUUGGUAUUAAAAGUUCCUAUAAUUUCAUUGGUUAAAUUGGGCAUCAUUUAUUGGUGCAUGCAGUUUCUCCUAUUUGAGUGUAUUAAUGAUUAUGGAGAGACAUUUGGAGUGAAGAGGGAGCAAACAAAUCCAGCACUUCCGAGAAUGUGUCUCUGGAAAAAUAAAAUUUCAAAAAAUGUUCAAAUAGUUAACAGUUAGAUCUUAUCCGGGAAUGAAGUUAACAGUUAGAU